UUCAAAAUUCAUGACAUUUAAAUUCUGAAUUUGCCUUCACUACCAACCCAACCCCAAUCUCAUUCACUCAAAAGUUUCAAUGCUUCUAAAAAUCAAAACACUCAAAAACUUUGACUCAGAUUCUCUAGGCCAUUAUCUACAAAUUUGAAAACACCAUUAUUUCUUAUCGCUAUCUCUAAAAAUGAAAGGAAUCGAUAUAUUCUGUGCGUCCCAAGCUGCAACUUCCAUAUGUCUUAGUAUGCAAGAAGCCUCUUCUUCUUCUUCUCCCGUAAUCCAACUAGGCGGCAGCGGCCGCCUAAUUAAUCGUUACAACCCCAUCAUCAGAGAUUCCAGAAUAACAUGUGGCAGUGGUCGCAACAGGCCACUACCACCUCGUUCUUCUGAACAACCACCCAUUUCUCCAAAACCAAAGAAUAUUAACAAGAAAAGUAAUACAUCUUCAAAACCAUCAAAAGAAACCAAGAAAAGGCAAAGUGAUCCAAAAGGUCAUGUUGGUAAGAGAAAAAGUAGUUGGAGUUGUACAAAACCUAGUGAAUUUAUCACCCCACCUAGUUCUUCUAGGUAUCUUUUGAGUGAGAAAGAUUUGGUUGAUGUUUUAUGUGAUUAUAAUGAUCAUGAUCCAGUUUUGAAUUCCAAGUCUUGUCAUCAAGCUGUGAAAGUAGUGGCAAAUAAGUCUUCUCCUCCAAAGCCACCAUCUUCUUCUUCAUGCUCUGGGGACCAGGUGGUUGUUCUAAGAGUUUCACUACACUGCAAAGGAUGUGAGAAGAAGAUGAGGAAGCAUCUCUCUAGAAUGGAAGGGGUGACAUCUUUCACCAUAGACUUUGUUGCAAAGAAGGUAACAGUUACUGGGAAUGUGACACCAUUGGAGGUUCUUGCAAGUAUUUCUAAGGUGAAAAAUGCACAACUUUGGCCACCUACAGUGGCAUCUUCAGUCCCUUCAACCAAAGCUGAUUUGAUCGACUCUGAGUUGAAGAAUGCUAAGCAGUUGGUUGUGUCUGAUGGGAAAUUAGAAAACCUUUCUCGAAAUCCACCAGUUUUCCAGCUAUUGUAACUUGAAUAUUUAUUUUAUUAGACAAAGAGAAGGAUUUAGCUUGGUUUUGCUUUCUUAUCUUAUGGUUUUAACUUGUGGUAUUAGUAAGCUUCUAUUCUUGAGAAAACUUUAAUUUGAUACGUAUGUAGUAAGUGAUUUCUUUAGCAACUAGCGAAAAAUACACACAACUAAGUUGAUUGGGCUGGUGAUCGGAAUGAUAGAAAAUCAACAUCCUGUUAUGCUUUCUUACUUAAUGGUGGUGCUAUAUCAUGGAAAAGUAAGAAAUAAACCUGCACAACCCUUUCAACAAUGGAAGCUGAGUUCGUGGCUUGCGCGUCUGCAGUACAAGAAGCUGUUUGGUUGAAGAGAUUCUUUGAGCAUUUGAAUAACAAAGAACUCUUAGGGUCCCAUGACUCUAUAUUGUGAUAGUCAAGCGGCUAUUGCAUAUACAAAAGAUCCUAAGUAUCACAGCAAGACCAAACACAUUGACAUCAAGUAUAACUUUGUAAGAGACAUGGUAGCAAGUGGAGAGAAAAAUUUACAGUACAUUCCUACGCGAAGCAUGAUAGCUGAUCCUUUUACAAAGGCGAUAUCUAGAGACCUGUUUGAGAAACAUGUUAUGGCUCUAGGUUUGCUGAGGAUAUGAACAUAUUUAUGUGUU